UUAUAUAAAUAAAAAAUCGACAGCCCACGACGAUCCCACGCCAGCUAAAGGUAGGAGGAGCGGUGAGCCGGUCACACAUCACGGGGAUUAAUUUUGGCUUCUUAUGUGUUGCUGCUAUCCCGGCACGACGAGAUCGACGGCCGUAGAUGAUACCGAUAAAAUAUCCCGGCACGAGUUCUUGUAACAGGGCCGGGCAGUCAUUCCCGUCGCCUUCCGAUCUCAUCUCAUGCCUUCUCUCUCUGUAACAACUAACGAGAGGUUGCAGGUGGACCUGGAUAGGCAAAAUUGGAGUCGGCGCGCGCGUACGGAGGACGACCACAGUUUAACUCGGGAGGGAGGAGGAGUAGGAUGGCCGACAAAGUAGCGGUGGGCGUGGCGGACGACAUGGGGGAGAGCGUGCAGUGCGUGGACCACCCUUAUCGUAGCAAUCCGGGCGGGGUGUGCGCCUUCUGCUUGCAGGAGAAGCUGGGCAAGCUGGUGUCUUCGUCCAAGUCCAACCCCUUCCUCCCCCUCCAGCCCUCGCCUUCCUCCUCCACCUCCUCCCCCACCUCCUUCCGCGCCGACGUCGUUGCCACCGGGCUCGCCUCUGUCUAUUCGCGCAACGGCGCGCCUGCGUACGACGGCCGCAGGACCAAGUUCUCUUACCUAGCAGUCGGCCGCAGCAAAAAGAAGAAAGGCGGCGGCGACUUAGGUAGCUACGCGAACGGCGGAAGGAAGUUCGUAGUCAGUGGAAGUAGUCACACUACCGCUUCUGUCGCGGUGGCUAACGGCGGUGGCCUGGUUUUGAAACGGAGCAAGUCUGUGGCGCCGACUCCGAGGACGACCGGAUCAUUCCUCGCGCAGGUUGGUGCUGGCCGCAGAAAUGGAGACGCCGCCGUCGCAGACAGCCCUCGGAAGAAGAGCUUCUGGUCCUUCCUCUACCACUCUCCUGUUUCUUCCGCCAUCUCUUUUUCUUCUGCCGUCAACGGGAACAGCCACAGGCGCAGAUCCACCUCAUCCUCUUCGGGCGGAGGGUGCGAGGGAGACGCCAGCAAGCAGCAUCCGCAACCACCGUCAAUUGAUUUGGAAGCAGAGACCGGCAGGAAAUUAGCGGAGAACAGCAGUGCGGAGGAUGCCCAGAGCCCAAGCGGCAGCCAGGCGUCGUCCUCAUUCGGUAGGAAGGUGUCGAGAUCCAGGUCAGUGGGAUGCGGCAGCAGAAGCUUCUCGGGCGACUUCCUCGAGCGCAUCUCCACUGGCUUUGGUGACUGCACGUUGCGGAGAGUGGAGUCUCAGCGCGAGGCCAAGCCCAAGACCGCCAUCCAACUCGACCAGAACAAGAACAACGACGGCGACCGACAACAUACGAUGAAGGAGACGAUCAAAUGCGGAGGUAUCUUUGGGGGACUCGGGAUGAUGUCGGCCUAUUGGCUUCCCGCAGCGGCCGACGACGACUACGACAUCCAUAGCAGGGCAUCGGCCUCAACCCCUGCCGCCAGAACAGGCGUCGCGCCGCACGGACGAACCCGGACCUGGGGCUUGGCCUUAGCCAGCCCAAUGAGAGCCUUCCGGCCUCACUCUUCCUCAUCCCGGUCACUCUACACCAUCAACGCCGCUGCUUCUACUGGUCCGGCGGCGACCAACAUCAUCUCCUCCACAAACGGCCAUGACGGCUGCGGCAAACAGAGCAGCCUUAACAGUGAUGCAUCGUUCCUGGCCGUCAGCUAGCCCUCCCUUCCAUUCGAUCACCCAUUAACGUCGACAUUUGCUCGUCAAGUUUUGUCUUUGUUUUACGAGAACGCUCAUGCCGCAUCUCGUCUUGUUUUCGACAUCAGUGAAUUACUGUACCUUCACUUCGUAUUGAAUCGUGCUAUUCUGCAA